AUGGCAGAGGCCAUAAGCUCAGUCAGUUGUUCGAUUUGUUUAGAUCUGCUGAAUGAUCCAGUAACAAUUCCCUGUGGACACAGCUACUGUAUGGGCUGUAUUAAGGGCUGCUUGGAUCAGGAAGAUGACAAGGGUAUCUACAGCUGCCCCCAGUGCAGACAGACCUUCAUACCAAGACCUGUUCUAAACAGGAACACCAUCCUGGCUGAAUUGGUAGAGAAUCUGAAGAAGACAAGACUCCAAGCUGCUCCUCCUGAUAAUUAUUAUGCUGGACCUGGAGAUGUGGAGUGUGAUUCCUGUAUUGGUAGAAAACUCAAAGCUGUCAAGUCCUGUCUGGUGUGUCUGGCCUCUUACUGUGAGACUCACCUCCAGCCUCACUAUGAAUCUCCUGCCUUUAAAAAGCACAAGUUGGUCCAAGCCUCCAAACAACUACAGGAGAAGAUCUGUUCUCAUCAUGACAAACUACUGGAGGUUUACUGUCGUACUGAUCAGCAGUGUAUUUGUCUGCUCUGUACAAUGGAUGAACAUAAAGGACAUGAUACAAUCUCAGCUGCAGCAGAAAGGACUGAGAAACAAGUAAGACAGGAACUCUAUAGUAUAGGAUAAAACAUAUAUGUUGUGUGUGGAUGUGGGUGUAUUUGAUAUAAAAUGUUAUUUUGUUUGUGGGUGUGUUUGUAACAGCUAAACUGUGAGCAAUCUAUGAACCUUACAUAAGCAAUAGCUAUUUUACCUUACCUAUUUUACACUGCUAAUGUAAACCCCAUGCUUUGACAAGAAUCAAUAG